CAGCAAGCUACAUUCACCUGACUGUAGCCGCUGCACUGUGUGAGAAACUUAUCGGUUAGUUUUCAACUGUUUUUACAGUGUGGCGCUUCAACAAACUUACUCUCAAAGUUUGCCGUUAAAUAAUUCGCGAAAGUCGAUUGUUUCGCAGUGUUUUGUUUUUGCUAAGGUGGCUUGAUUAACAUUUUGUGAUUACGAAAGGAAUUUAAGUGUCACUAUAGUCGACACAAUGUGUGAUUGUUUAAAAAUAAAAAGUUAAAACGAGGAUAAUACUUUGGAAAACAUGCAUUUAAACGGUGAUUCCAUGGAGUCUCCGGAUGAAAGCCAUGAAAUGCUCGAAGCGGAAAACAGCGGCGUCGCCGACCGCCUGUUGGACUUGGAGCGCAAAGUUCUCGAGCAAGGCGACGAGCUGGUGUGCCUCAAAGCCACCCUGGCCGAGGCCCUUCGCCGACUAAGCGCCUUGGAGGGCCUGCGGGCGAACAGCAACCCGUCCACGCCGACCACGCCGGUGCGCUUGAACGGCAACGCCACCAAAAUACAAAUUGGAAGGCCGCGAUCCGUCAACUACACGCCCACCAGGAACGAGAGUCCCAGGAGGCCGUACGGCGACAAAAAUGGAGGUACGAUGGAUUUAAGGAAACGAGUAUAUUCGGGAUCUUCUCUACCUCAAAGACGAGCCGUCCACUAUCAGUCAACGGGAAGCCUGCACAGCGACAGUCAAAGUAGUAGCAGCGUAAGUCCCGUGCCCUCGCCCUCCCCCAGAAGCACGCCACUGCCAUUGAACACCGCCGGGCGCCGCACGCCUUCCAGUCCCAACGUCACCAACAACUCCAAUUCCCUACACAAACGAUGGAGUUCGACGGGCGAUUUUACUGCGCAGUCUUCGGCAAACGGGAUGCAGUCCAAAUUUUCAACAAAAUCAUUUUUAAACCUAUACACAAAACCCAAUGGGUAUCCAUCACAAAAUCUUAAGCAUGGAACGAAAGACACCACCUUCAACGAAGAAGAACAAAGCAUCCGCGUGUACCUCAGGGGUCGACCCGUAAUCCUCCACGCCCCCACCGACCUAGGUGACAACUACGACCUUCUCAAGGUGGCCGCUCCGCCCCAACAGAGGCUCAAACUCGACUGGGUCUACGGCUACAGAGGCAAAGACUGCAGGUCGAACUUGUAUUACCUGCCCACCGGCGAGAUGGUUUACUUCGUGGCCGCAGUGGUGGUGCUCUAUAACGUGGAGGAUCAAAACCAGAGGCACUAUUUGGGGCACACUGACGAUGUCAAGAGUCUUGCGAUUCAUCCCAACAAGAUGCUGGUGGCCACCGGGCAGUGUGCUGGUCUGGAUAGGAGAGAUGCCAGGCCUCAUAUUAGAGUAUGGAACUCAGUAUCGUUAACCACACAAGCUAUAAUUGGAAUGAACGAUUUCGAUGUAUCGGUUUGCUGCCUUUCGUUUAGUAAAGCAGACGGUGGUACUCUUCUUCUGGCCAUAGACGAAUCUCCAGACCAUACCAUAUCCGUUUGGGACUGGCAAAAAGGCGAAAGUGGAUGUAAAAUAACCGAAACAAAGUGUUCUGUUGACACAAUUGUAGCAGCUGAAUUCCAUCCGUUAGACCGAAAUACCAUAGUGACAUGUGGUAAAUCCCACAUUGCCUUUUGGUCGCUGGAUGUGAACGGUACGCUUUUCAAACGCAUGGGGAUAUUUGAGACCCGUGAUAAACCCAAAUACGUGACCGCAGUUGCGUUUUUGCAAACAGGAGAAACCAUUACUGGCGACUCCAGUGGUAACCUAGCAGUUUGGGGUAGAGGUACAAACACAAUCUGGAAAUUCCAUAAGAAUGUCCAUGAUGGCGGUAUUUUCUCUAUUUGCGUUCUAAAAGAUGGCAGUAUUAUAACUGGGGGCGGUAAAGAUGGAAGAAUAUUUGUCUUUGACCCGUCCUUAACGCUAACAGGAGAAUACAGCCAAAUUGAGAACCACUACGGUGGCGUUCGCGUUAUAUCGGAAGGCCAAGGUUCGCAACUCUUGAUAGGUACAACGAAAAAUUGCAUUCUCAACGGGACGUGUACCUUGGGUUUCCAACCCAUAAUCCUGGGCCAUACCGAUGAGUUAUGGGGUCUGGCUGCCCAUCCCGGCAUUCAGCAGUUUGCAACCGCUGGGCACGACAAGGUUUUGCAGCUGUGGGACUCCCCCUCCCAUAGCAUACUGUGGAGUAAAGACAUCGAGGAACAGGCUCAAUCGGUGGCCUUUACGAAAGACGGCAUGCAGGUGGUGGUUGGCUGCAUGAACGGCAAAUGGUUGAGUUUUGACACCCAGACCAGGGAUCUCAUAAGCAGUCAUCACGACGGCGUGGAACCCAUACAAGUCAUACAGUUCACGCUGGAUGGUAGUAUGGUAGCUCUUGGAUCUAGAGAUAAUAACAUCUACAUAUAUCAAGUUUCUGAUGAUGGAACUAAGUAUAGUAGGGUUGGAAGAUGCGCAGGUCAUUCCAGCUUUAUAACUCACCUUGAUUGGGCAACAGACGGACAAACGCUUAGAAGUAAUUCUGGAGAUUACGAAAUAUUAUAUUGGAACGCUGGAACUUGUCGCCAAAUCCCUCAAAGCGGAAUGAUGAGGAACGUAGAAUGGGCAACGAACAAUUGUAUACUUACCUUCACCACUAUCGGAAUUUGGCCGGAAAAUGCCGACGGUACAGACGUAAAUGCAUGUGACCGAAGCAAUAACAAACAUCUUUUGGUUGCCGGUGAUGACUUUGGUAAAAUCAAACUUUUUGGAUAUCCAACCAUACAACCAAGAUCUCUUUGCCAUACUUAUGGCGGCCACAGCAGCCAUGUAACAUCAGUGAGAUUCUUGUAUGACGAUACAAGGCUCAUUUCUAUUGGAGGAAAGGAUACAGCGGUCAUGCAAUGGACAGUCUCAUAAACAUUAAGAUAAAUUAUUUUAUAUCGUGUUAUAUCAUACCUACAUUAUUGGAGGAUUAAAAUUCUUGAUUCGCACGGUGUUGUUUAUUAUAAUAAAAUAUAUAUAAUAUAUAUUUUCGUCUGGAAUUUGGGAGUAUCCCAAAAUAAGUUGAAUUUUUAAAAAUAAAAUGUCAAUAGGGCCUACUUUUUAACUAACACACUUGCAUAGGAAAUUACUGUCCUUUGGCACAUUGUGAUGCUAUUGCAUAAACGUCCUAAUAAAAAACUAGUUUAAUAAUGUUAUUGUAUAAAGUGCCACAUGUUUUAUUAUUGAAAUAUUUUAUGUAUUUCACUAUUAUUAAAAAAGUUUUUAAUAUUGUAUACUAUUUUCUUAUGUGUGAUAAAUAUAGACUACAAGAUAA